CGAGCCGACUAAUCGAAGCGCUCCUCCAGUCCUCCUCCCGCUCCCCCUCGAGUUGCCGACUGAUCCGUCUCGUUUGCGAUCAAUAUGAGAAGGGGCUACAGUUACAGUCCUUCACCACCAAGGGGUUACGGGAGAAGGGCUCGCAGCCCAAGCCCCCGUGAUCAUUAUGGUGGCCGUGGUAGAGAUCUCCCAACCAGUCUUUUGGUCAGGAAUCUCCGUCGGGACUGCAGGCCAGAAGACCUUCGUCGCCCAUUCGGACAGUUUGGGCGACUUAAAGAUAUAUAUCUACCAAGAGAUUAUUACACUGGACACGCGUCUAAAAGAUUACUGUUGGAGAGAAGGAAGAAGUAGAGAAUUUUAAAGAUUACUGUUGAAGAGAAGGAAGAAAUAGUGAAUUUUAAAAGACUACUGUUGAAGAAAAGGAAGAAAUAGAGAAUUUUUCAAUUAAGUGAUCUGCAACUUAAGAGUAUACAGUACUCUUCAAGAGAAGGGAAGAAUUAGAGUUGCAAGUUUAAGAGAUACUCAAGUCAUGAAGAGUUUCAAGUUUGUAACUGAACUCUCAUGGGUGCAAGGGAGCCCCGAGGAUUUGGUUUUGUCCAGUAUUAUGAUCCAGAAGAUGCUGCUGAUGCAAAGUACUACAUGGAUGGGCAGCUGGUUCUUGGCAGGCAAAUAACUGUUGUAUUUGCAGAGGAGAAUAGGAAGAAGCCUCAAGAGAUGAGAGCUAGGGACAGAGUCAGAGGUCGUUCUUAUGAUCGGAGGUACUCUCGCUCUAGGUCCCCUCUUUAUUCCAGGGGCCGUUCUCCUUCCCGCAGCUACUCAAGGUCUCCUUCAUCUCCGAAUCCCAAACACAGACUCAGGGAGAGGUCGUACUCCCGCUCGCCUGUUGACAGCAGAUCAAGAAGCGGGAGCCCCUAUGAGGAGCAAUACCGCAGAUCCUCCCGAAGAGAGAGGUCUCUCUCUGUUGCCGGAUGAAGUAGUGUUAGUGAUGUAGAGCUAGCGCUAUGAAUCAACGCUUGGUAGUGGUACUUGCCUCGUCUUUCUGAACAAUAUGGUGUGUGGUGUAUCAUUCCCAGUAGUAUCGUCAGAGUACACUUUACCUUGAGGAUUUAGAAUUCAGGUUACUGAUUCGGAGUGCGGAGCUGCUGCCUUCUGGAGUUCUGGUCACUGCUCAGUAUGAUGCGUAUGUACCUUGAGCCUUGUCGUGUGAUUCGCUUCGGAUAAAACAUGAAGAUUUAUAUUUACAGUAUGAAUAAAGUUGUUGGAUUGUGAUUGCUCAGUA